UAAGCGGAGUAACAAGAAAUCCAUAACAAACAUAUUACAACAUUUUCUUUUUGUUGUAUUCUCAUCAUCACUGAUCAUGAGUAGAAAGAAGGUGAAGCUUCAAUACAUACUCAAUCAGUCCAGCAGGAGGGCCACCUUCAACAAAAGGAAAACAAGUUUACAGAAGAAGGUGAACGAAAUCAGCACCCUUUGUGGGAUAGAAGGAUGUGUCAUUAUCUAUGGCGAAAACAGUGUUCAACCAGAUGUUUGGCCACCUGGUGUAGGAACACUAAAUGUGAUACACAGGUACCACAGUUUAUCUGAACUCGAACGAAACAAAAGGUCGGUGGAUUUGGAGGGCUUCUUGAGGCAAUGCAUAGAUAAAUCCCAGGAGCAGUUGAGGAAACUAGUUUUGGAGAACAAGAAGAAGAGGUUUAUGAUUUUCACUGAUAAAGCACUUAUUAAUCUACAUAACGCUGUUCCUGUGAACAUGAAUGAUCUCAAUGGUAUGAAUGAUGAAAUCAAUGAUCUGAGGGAAUUUAUUGAUGGCAAUAUCAAGGAAGUCACGAAAAAGUUGAAUUCGAUGGAUGCUGAAGCUGAAGAGAAUGCUGGUAAUGGAAUUGAAGCUAUGACUGGAAUAGAGCAGCAGGGUUUUAUUGGAAAUGUUGGGAAUGGAGUUGGUAUGCAGGCUGAUGUCCAUGGUUUGGAUACCAACAUGGGUUAUAAUUAUUUUCCUUGGGACAACUCCAUGUUAGCAUAUCAUGAUUAUAAUAUGGACAGAGAUGGUCUUUAAUCUAAUUAGUCCAUAUCUUGAAAUAUUAUGGCUAUUUGUUUUGUGUAUCUUUCAGUGUCUUUCAGUAUCUUUGUAUUGUGUUUUCUUUCUGCUUGUUUGUUAGUCUAUGUUUCUUUCUUUUGAGUCAAUGUGUUUCUGUGUCUUAUGUUUGCUUUCACAGUGUUCAUGAUUUACAUGAUCAUCAAUGGAA